AUGACUAGACUAUAUACUUUGAUUGCAUAUAUCUGUAUCAAUAUACCAUUUGUUAUAUCUCAACAACCCGUUGGUUGUAACCAGUCUUGUCCUGGUGGCAAAUUUAAUCAAGUCCCCUAUCCAUUCGGCUUCUCCUCUGGGUGCGAAAUCCAGCUUAACUGCACCUCCAGCGGCGUUGUUUUAAUAAACGAAUUCCCAGUCGAACAAAUCAAUUCAGAUGACUUAAUCGUCACCCUUCCCACCAUGUGUGGCCGCCCUGUUAACACCCUUCGCAACCUUUACAGUAAAAACUAUGCUCUCACAUCUGCCAGUGCCAUCUUGAUGGAAAACUGCACUACUGAGACAUCAAACUGUUAUCUCCCUGUCCAACUUCCACAGUUUCGUAGCGCAAUUGUCAAUUGUAGCAGUGUUGGUUAUGGUAACAUGAGUUGUUACGUAGGUGAUGUUAGAAGUAAUAUGUUUCUUGAUUAUGGUAAUGUGACAAGCUUGGGAUGCAAGUUUUUGUUGACUGGUUUCGUGUCUGAAAGGAUUGGGGGUGUGGGUCCACCCCCUUCAAUGACACGAGCAGUUAAGUUAGGGUGGUGGGUUAAAGGGACUUGUGACGACUCGUGUUCUGAUGAUGCUAAUUGUACACGAAUCGUGUCACCGGUAGAUGGAAGUGAUGGUUAUCGAUGUAAGUGUAGAAACGGGUUCAACGGAGAUGGGUACAAAUCCAGCUCUGGUUGCCUGCCCCUGAAAGGUACAGUAUAUCAUUACCUAGCCUAG